AGAAACCCUGCCAACCUUAAUCAUUUUGACUAUAUUCGGGCAAAAACAGACGAAUUCCAGCUGUCUGCUUCACUUGCCUCCGAAAUUCUAAAUUCUUAAAAAUAGAAAAAAAAGGAAACCAAGAAAUAGGUUUGACCUACCGCAUCCUACCUAUAAUGGAUGGAUUCUUUCCCACUAUGCCACCAAAUAUUUAUCCGGAGUGGAGUGACGCACGCCAUACAAGCAGUAAUGCAGAUCUCUUAGAGCCGAAAGUAGACCUGUUCUACCUGAUGAGGUCAUAUCAGUUUCCAUUGCCGCCCCUUCACUCCGAUAGAGAAUUUCCGUGGACCCUUGAGAGAUCUCCGCUGUCGGACGACGAGAAACGUGAUCUAACGGACACUGUUUAUAGCAAUGCCAUCAUGGAGCACCAAGAGAACGAAUGACGGAUCCUGAAGCUGAUGAAGAUUGGCUUCCAAUGCUAUAAGCAGGGCUCAGGGAACGUGAGGAUUGAACUGAAAAUGUUGUUUCAAUAGAGUUCCAACACCUAUCUUCCA